CACGUGAGCGUCUGAUACACACAUUCGGAAUCCGCCAUCUUGAUUUUAGACCACACCAUUCCAUCCUUGUUUCACACCUUACCGCUUCACUAGAUUGUCGGUAUUCAUUGGCGAUUGUUAAAAUCUAUAGUUCGUCCAAAUGGCCGGAGUAAAAACCAAAGAAGAACAUGUUGCUUACGCCAAGUUUGCUGAACAAGCCGAAAGGUUUGAAGACAUGGCAUCCCAUAUGACAGAGGUUAUCAAGAAAUGUAGUGAAAACGAGGAGGAGUUGAGCAUUGAAGAAAGGAAUUUAUUGUCUGUUGCUUAUAAAAACGUUGUUGGUGCUAGGCGAUCGUCAUGGAGAAUGGUAAAUAUGCAAGAAGCGAAGUCCCCAGACAACCACAUCGUCAAAGAGUUCCGGGAACAGAUCGAACAGGAAUUAUCGAAAAUUUGCACUGACGUAUUGAAUUUACUCGACUUAGAUCUUCUCCCGAAAUGUGCAAAAAAAGACAGCCAGGUAUUUUUAAAAAAAAUGAAAGGCGACUGUCUUCGUUAUAUGGCAGAAUUUGCUACUGCAGAUAAGAAAUUAGAAGUUGUGGAUAAAGCUGAAGCGGCAUACACGGAAGCUUUCAAAUUAGCAACGGAAACAAUGCAUCCAACUAACCAAAGCAGAUUGGGACUGGCUUUAAAUUUCUCUGUCUUUUACUAUGAGAUAAUUAAUGAGCCCCAAAAAGCUUGCCAUCUAGCUAAAGCAGCAUUUGAUGAAGCCAUAGCAGAAUUGGAUACUCUGGAUCAAGAGUCAUACAAAGACAGCACACUCAUAAUGCAGCUUUUGCGUGACAACUUGACUCUCUGGACAACUGAAAAUAGUGAACAAGAUCAGGAUCAAGAACAAGAAAUUGAACAGGACAAUUAGGCGCUUAGGUCCAAGACAAAGUUCAGCAUUGAUGAUAGAUCAAAUGACAUUUUGAAGUGGUAACCUUGUCCAUUCUUAUUUUAUGUGGUCUCCAAAACUUUUCCUGCAGAUAUAUACAUUUUGAAGUAUUUAUUUGGCUAAGAACUGAAUAUUGGACAGAGGUAAUGAACUGAACUGUCUGCAAUGCAGGUUUUGUUACUGCUACAACUUGACAAUUGUGUUGACGACAGAAUAGUGAAGUUAUUGACCCUUAUUUCAUCAUGAGUAUGUGGACUGCACCUGUUUGUUUCCUCCCAGCUGAGUGUCUACAUAUUGACAAACCAGUGAUCAUGAUGGUACCAAGUUAUCAUUGAAUUUGAUCAGUUCAAUUCUGUACUUUUUUAAUCGGAACUCGAAAAAAGUAUCUUGGAAAUGAUUCAACAAAUCUGUCAAACUAAAAUAAUUGGCUGUUUUAAUUUAGAACUGCAUUUGCAUGCUGCCAUAGCCUCACAAGACAUUUAGAAAUUUGUUUUUCUCUUAAUCAGCCACAGACGUUUGUUACUUUUGCUGUCACUGAUAUUAUACUGUCUUAAAACUUGUGAGGAAAGUUUUUCAUCAAUGUGUUUACUGCAUUGAUAUACAUAUAUUUGUUUAUCAUCAUUUACAUUUAUACUAGUAUACAUAUUGGAUUUCAUAAAAUGUUUUUCUGUAAAGCCACAUGUUCUGCUGUUAAUUUAUAGGCUGCUUCAGUCAGGCUAUCAUCUAUAAGUAAAGGUCAUAGUGAAAUUAGUUUUUAAUUAUUUAAUUUUUUAUGUCUUAAAUGUUAUCGCUGAAGUAAGAUAUAUCUGGUAUGUAUGGUAUACGUAGAUAUAUAUAUAUAGCAUUAGAAUUUAGAUAGUAAGAAAUUAUUCCAUGAUGAUUAUUAUUAUUGAGUACAUCAUUUAUUAUUUAAUUUGUAGGCAAUAUUCUGCAGCUAAAGUGAAACACUCUGAACUAUGUGCUCGGUGCUCACGGAAUAAUACUAAAUUUUACUUCACCAUAGAUCUACAAGUAGUAUCUAUACUGAAAAGAUAAAUUUAGCGAUCCGGCAGAUGUUAUUUUUUGUUAAAACAGUAAUCUUUCAGUGUAAAAGUAGGUCUGGUAUGGAAUUUUGUAUUGAAUAUUGUAAUCUUGCACGUUUAUGUGAAAUCUGCACAAUAUUUAAGGAGCACAAAUGUUUAGAAUAUGUCAGUAUCAAUUCAUGCAUCAGUUUAAGAGAAAAUCUUGCACAAAAUGCUAAGAUAUUUGAAGUAGUUUUCUGUCAUUAAAUCUCUUUUUUUACCUAUACACAA